UUCUUAUCCACUGUUGUUUUCUCAUGUCCAUACCGGUCUCUCCGACAGCGCGCUCUUCAUGGACUCAAAGAACCUCAAGGUACGCCACGUACUUCAAGAAGGAAAUUUGCAAAGUGAUGGAGUCCCUGCAGAACAAGAGAUCUGCCGAAGCAACAGGAAGUCAGAACAUGAUGGAGUUUUUUCGAGGGCGCCAUCUUGAUGUCCAGGAACUGUAUGCAUCGACUCCAAGCCUCACUCAGCCCUUGAGCGCUGCGGAACUAGACCCAUAUAGGAAGGCCGCCAUGGGACUUCACGAGGCCUUGCGCUUGCGCGGCUUCCACAAAUCUCCAAACGACCCGGCAGCUUGGUACGCCUACAUGACAAAGAUCAGGCUUGAGAAGUGGGCAGCACCUGCUGUGUGGACGUUAUUGUUGCUUGAUGUUUUUGAGACGCCUCAGUGGUGCAAAAACCGACCAUUUGUCGAUCUUGGAGGAUGCAAAGCCGCGGACAGCAAAGAGUACAUUCUCAGUGGUGUUCCGCUGAUUCCAAUCAGUCUUGGGGUGGGCUUGGAAUCCUUGAUUUUGUUCUUCCUCUUCAUACACUUGGUGUCCCAUGUCCGACUUUACUCAAUCCUUCAAGGUGGUCAUGCAACCACAGCAGGAGUCCUCCUGUUGGAGUUCAGCUUGCUCAUCUUGAGUGUGUUAGACCUCAUGAUUUUCCUUGCUGGCUCCUCCGUUCGCAUCGCUCCUGUAUUGAGGUUUGGUCUGGCCGCCUGUUCGGUACCACGCCUUCAGGAGCUGGUUUGCUCCUUUUUCAGAACAACAGUUGCAGUGAGCAAGGUUGGAAUGUUCUUCCUCUACACAGUGGUGAUAUUCGCCUGGGUAGCUACAACGGUUCUUGAUGACGAGGAGGGCAAAGACCAGUUCGGACAACCUGUUCGUGAAGGCUUUGCGACGUUUGGCGAGUCUCUGUACACAUGCUUUACCACGCUCAACACCGCAACCUUGCCCGACUCAAUGGUACCUUCGUAUGAUUAUAGUCGGAGCUAUUUGCUGCUAUGGAUGCCAUUUAUCUUUGUGGGAGCCGUGCUUCUGAAGCAGGUGAUCCUGGCUGGGGUCUACAACGACUACAGCAAACAUGCCAAGAACUUUUUGAUUGAAGGCCGUCGCCUGCGGAAGUCUGGUGUGGAUGCUGCCUUUGAAUUGUUGAAGACUCCAGCGCCUGCUGGCUGCAACAGAGGAGAAGUUGUAAGGUUUAAGGACUUUGAGAGGCUCGUGGAUGUAUUGAAGCCCUUGCUGGAGAUGACAGUCACCAAGGAGUUCCUCCGUGUUCUCUUUCAUGCACUUGAUGAUGACUCCAAUGGUGUUCUGGACAAAGCAGAGUUCCAGGACAUGUGUGAUGUGCUUCAGUUUGAAUUUCACAUCACCGAGAGGGACUCCUGUCUCAAGCAGUGUAUGAAAGGAACAGCAUUUGAGAGGACUAUGGAUGCUCUCGUGGAGAAUGGCGCCUCCGGAACAAACCUAGGCUACUCCUGCAAGUAUCCUGGUUCAUGGAUGGAUUUGGCAAUGAACAUUGUGAUCGGUCUAAAUGUGUCCUGGGUUUUCACGGAAUCUGUGAUGGACUUGAACAAUUGGGAGGAGCCAAGAUUCUUCAUGUAUGUGGACCUGUUCUUCUCGUUUGUCUAUGUUUUGGAGGCUGCGCUGAAGCUUUCCCACUGGUCUUGGGCAGAGUAUUGGUACAACGAUGACAACAGGUUUGACUUUGUUGCUAGCAUGGUGCUGGCGACUGUUGGUGCUUUGUUUCUGAUUCUGCAGCAAAUCUCAGUGGCGAUGCUACGAAGCGCGAAUAUUCUGCGAUUGAUACGGGUGCUGAAAGCGAUGAAGCACCUGAGAUUCUACCAAAGGACGUGUGUCAUUGUGACAAACUUACUGCGAACGUGCAGAGAGGUCCUGCUUCUGAACCUGCUAGUGGUGCUGCUGUGGGCCUCUGCUGGCGUGCAGCUCUUUGGUGGCAAGCUGCUGGCGUCCAACCCCCGUUUAGAGGGUAAGGAUUUGGGCUACUUCAGUAGCCACUACCAGGUUUUCAAUUUUAACGACGUUCCCUUGGGAAUGAUCACACUGUUUGUCUGGACGCUUGGUGACUGGAAUGAUGACAUUGCAGUUGCAUGCCUAGAACUUGCAGAACCUUGGACGUUUUACAAGGCUUUGAUAUGGACCUUCCUGCUGAGCUACUACAUUGCCUCUCCCCUUUUGGCUUACAACGUUCUCUCUGCUUUUUCAAUCGAUGUCUACCAAAAGAUUGACGAAGAGGUUCAGAACCGGGAGGAGAAGGGCUAUGAGCUUUGUGAUGUGGAACGGAACUUGCUUCUCAUCCAGGCAGAAAUGGCCGACAAUGGCUUGGUCUUACACAUGAAGGAGUCCUCUGACUUGGCGAAGCUGCGAAUCCACACCGCUCUCUUCAGCUGAGGCCCCUGGAGCUAAAGCUCUGGAGUGUUGCCUACAUGUUUACCAACCACUGAGAACUAAGAAGCUCCGUUGUGAGCACCUCAAGACCCAUACGCUUUGCCUUGCUCAGCUUUUCCAGGCUUUUCUUGUGACACCUUCAUGUAGAAUUCUGCUAAUGCGCGCCACAGAGCCGGUAAAUACGCUCGGCUCGUGGCCACUCAGUGAUCGCUUUUCGCCAAGAAAGAAACAA